GGGAAGUAAAAUUGUGCUCCAGCUUGAACAUGGUCGGCUCCAAUGUCUGCUCACCCAUUGGAACUACUCAGUACUCACUCACCACCACCACCAUCAUUUCCAAGAUAUGGUUCCACUACUACUACUCACUCUCACAACCUCACUACCCUCUCCUUUCCAAGACCUGACCAACCCAUCUCCAUUUCCUACUCAUUUGACCAACCACUCAAUUCCACUUCUUAUGCUUCUCUUCUUGACUCCUGUAAAUGCCCAUAUUUGGGGAAGCAGAUUCAUUCUCACUCUGUCAAAAAUGGGUUUUUGGGGCAUGAGUUUGUGGAAACUAAGCUUCUCCAGAUGUAUGGGAGAUGCGGUUGUUUGGAGCAAGCAUACGUGUUGUUCGAUAAAAUGCCCCAAAGAAACUUGAAUGCUUGGACAGCCCUUUUGGGCGUAAAUGUUGAUCUGGGGUUCUUCAGAGAAGCUCUUUCACUCCUUUUAGAAUUUCAAUUUGAGGAUAUGGGGUUGGAUUUUUUUGUGUUUCCAGUUUUGUUUAAGAUUAGUAUUGGUCUUGGGGCACUGGAAUUAGGUAAACAACUCCAUGGGAUUGUAAUGAAAUCUCAGUUUGUUGAUAACAUUUAUGUUGGUAAUGCUUUGAUCGAUAUGUAUGGAAAGUGUGGAAGCUUAGAUGAUGCCAAGAAAGUUUUAGCAACAAUGCCAGAAAAGGAUUGUGUUUCAUGGAAUUCUGUUGUUACUGCUUGUGCUGCCAAUGGUAUGGUGUUUGAGGCUUUGGAGUUUUUGAAUAGAAUGGCUUCGGAUAAGUUAACGCCUAAUCUUGUUUCGUGGAGCGCGGUUCUUGGAGGCUUUUCUCGGAAUGGUUAUGAUGAUGAAGUCAUAGAGUUGUUGUUUAGAAUGCAAGCAGUAGGAUUUGAGCCAAAUGCAAGAACAUUGGCCAGUGUCCUUCCAGCCUGCGCAAGACUACAACGGCUAAGUCUUGGCAGAGAAAUCCAUGGCUAUAUUACUAGGCAUGGAUUUAUGUCAAACCCUUUUCUUGUUAAUGGAUUGGUUGAUAUGUAUAGAAAGUGUGGUGAUAUGAGAAGCGCUAUGGAGAUGUUUUUGAACUUCUCAAUGAAGAGUAGUGUCUCUUUUAAUACAAUGAUUUCCGGGUAUUGUGAGAAUGGUGAUAUCUCAAAUGCCAGGGAAUUAUUUGAUAAUAUGGAAUUGAUGGGUGUUGAGAAGGAUGUAACUUCCUGGAACUCUAUAAUUUCAGGGUAUGUCAGUAACUCCUUGUUUGAUGAAGCAUUGUGUCUAUUUCGAGAAUCGCUUGGGGAAGGGAUAGAACCUGAUUCUUUUACACUAGGCAGUGUUCUUACAGCUUGUGCUGAUAUGAAAUCUUUGAGACAAGGGAAAGAGAUACAUUCUCAUGCCCUUAUUAGGGGUUUGCAAUCAAACACUUUUGUGGGUGGUGCCCUUAUAGAAAUGUAUUGUAGAUGCCAUGAACUACUGGCUGCACAUAGGUGUUUUGAUGAAGUUAGGGAAAGGGAUAUCACUACUUGGAACACUUUGAUAUCGGGCUAUUCUCGCUGCAAUCAAAUAGAAAAAAUCCCAAUAUUUCUUCAAAGGAUGAAGGAAGAUGGCUUUAAGCCAAAUUUAUACACUUGGAAUGGUAUAAUUGUUGGCCAUGUUGAAAAUAAUCAUCUUGAUUUAGCCAUGGAAUUGUUCUCUGAAAUGCAGGCUUCAAAUUUGAAGCCUGACAAAUACACCGUCGGUAUUGUUUUAUCAGCUUGUUCGAGGCUGGCUACUAUAAAGCGCGGUAAGCAAGUUCACGCAAAUUCUAUCAGAUGUGGGAAUGAUUCUGAUGUUUACAUAGGAGCAGCACUUGUAGACAUGUAUGCAAAAUGUGGAAGCUUAAAGUAUGCAUUUUUGGCUUAUAACAGGAUCUCAAAUCCUAAUUUGGUAUCCCACAAUGCCAUGCUUACUGCUUAUGCAAUGCAUGGUUAUGGCGAGAAAGGAAUCGCCUUAUUUCGCAGAGUGUUAGAAGAUGGAUUUAGACCAGACUCUGUGACAUUCCUAUCGGUUCUUUCUUCAUGUGUCCAUGUUGGAUCAGUUGAGUUGGGCUAUGAGUUCUUCGAUUUGAUGAGCUCUUUCAAUGUUAAACCGACGCUUAAACACUAUACAUGUAUUGUCGAUCUUCUAAGUCGAGCAUGUAAACUUAAUGAAGCUUAUGAAUUUACUCAAAGACUGCCAAUGGAGCCUGAUUCGGUUUUGUGGGGUGCUUUGCUUGGAGGCUGUGUUCUGUGUGGUAAUGUUGAGUUGGGAAAAGUUGCAGCACAGAAGCUAAUAGAGUUGGAACCAGAUAAUACCGGAAACUAUGUUGUGUUAGCUAACUUAUAUGCCUAUGCAGGAAGGUGGUAUGAUCUAGCUAAAAUGAGAGAGUUAAUGAAGGAUAGAGGAAUGCAAAAGAGCCCUGGAUGUAGUUGGAUUGAAGAUAGAGAUGAAACUCAUGUUUUUCUUGCUAGUGAUAAAUCUCACAAUAGAGCAAGAGAGAUAUAUGAUACUUUAGAAAUUUUGCAUUUGCACAUGAAAGUGGAUUUUACAACUAGUUUGUGAGUACUUCAAACAUAAUAUUGUGUUAUGGUAUAUACUUACAUUGAUUACAAAUCAAUUAUUGCCUCAAUAUCAGGCAGUUUAAA